GACACCACAACCAUGAAGGCUACUCUGGCUGUUUUGGGACUCGCACUGUUCGCUGUCCUUGCGGAAUGCAAGCGCGCGGAAGAGCCCGCACAAAAUCUGUUGAGGAAACAAAUUCUGGAAAAACUUGCUGCACGAGGUAAACUUGGCGAACAAAACUUCGGAUCCGAGAAAUCUGAGGUUUCCGAAGAGGAUCCGGAAGAACCGCGGUGGCCCUACGGCUGGAUGGAAUUUGCCGCCCUGUACGCCAAGUGUGAGAGUGGUUCAAUACUGAUUGGGGAGUGGGGAGAGUACACCAACACGGCACUCGAAUCGGUCGGCAUUGACGGCAAAGACUCGGUUUUGGCGUAUGCUUGCCCCGGAGUUAUGGAGACUGGUAAAAUUUUGAUGGAAGCCGAUGACGAGGGAAGGAAGGCCGCCGAACCAUUUCUCGCUAUGGGAUUACCUGUCACGCAGUGCGUGAACCUGAUCGCCGAAACGGAAAAUCUGGCUUUCCUCAUGUUACUGACUGACAAGGAUAUAGAGGAGAGUGAGUUCCUGAAGGAGACGGACGUGCUGUUCAAUCUGUGUUACGAGGUGUUUAAUAAUGUGAAUGAACAGCUAGAAGAGGAGGAGGACGAGGCAGUAUCAGUCGUUGAGGCAGCAGCGGCAAAGAGGAGCCUCAAGCAGCUACUCGCGCACGUUAGGAAAUAGACUGGAAAUCCGACUACGCUACCCCUACGACGACAACGGCAAUUCGAAAAGUGAAGUUAGGAAAAAGAACAUGUUAAUGAUAUAAUCCAUCUUCAACGAACAUCUUGUACACAAACUUUGUGUCUGGUGUUGUUUUUAAUAAAUACAAUUGCAUUUGUGUUCACGUUUGUGUUU